CAGUCAACGCAGUUCUAGGAAAAGUUGCGACCGGCAUCGCAGAUGUUGAUGAUAGAUCAGUUUUUAGAUUAGGUUAAAACUGUUUGAAAUCAAAAUAUUUACACGUUAAUUCAAUAUUUGCGUAUUAAUUGCAAAGAUGAGUCGGAAGGAAGCGUUAUCUCAGUUUAUUCAACAAAUUCACGGACGACCUGUUGUCGUAAAAUUGAACAGCGGUGUCGAUUACAGAGGUGUAUUAGCCUGUAUAGAUGGCUACAUGAACAUUGCGCUUGAACAGACAGAGGAAUAUGUUAACGGACAAUUAAAGGACAAGUACGGAGAUGCUUUCAUAAGAGGGAACAAUGUAUUGUACAUCAGUACACAAAAGCGUAGAAAUUAAUUAUGUGAUACGAGCAAAUAUAAAUUUCAAUAAAAAUUAAAUUUUUAUUUAUUAAGUAUUUGAAAUUUAUCUUUGCAUAAACAUUUCUAACAACUA